AUUUUAACCAUGUGGAUUUCAUCAAUGUAUUUUCAUAAUUAUUGGAGAUCAAUAUAUUGUAAUGAAAUUUUUUGAAAAAAGGAAAAAUUAUUAAGAUUUACAAAACUUUGGCAGCAUAUCUAAAUUUUCUGCGAAUAUGAUAGUAUAUAUAGUAUAAUAAUAAUAUAAUAAUGAGAAUGAAAGAUUUCAAAUUAACUUUUUAAAAAAAGUUAUAAAGUGAUUAAGUAGUAACAUAGCAUAUGUGAUAUCAUUCUUAUACUAUUACUUUGAAAGAAAUAAAAAAAUGUUUUGAGAAUGAUAAUAAAAGUGUGAUUUAUGACGUGUCUUUCACUAUUAUCGCUAUUUACUAUUUUAUUGAAACAAACAUUUUAUCACAACACCAUUUAAUUCCUAAUAAUUAUUCACUAUAAUUCUUUGAAACUUUGACAAUAUGAAAAUAAAAUAUUUUCUGAAAUAUCAUAGAAAUAUUACGAUUCUGAUAUCACAACUGAAUUAUUAUCGCUUAAGUCUUCUUAUUAAUAUUAUGAUACAAAUAAUAUCACAACCAGUGUUAUUCCUUUCCACAAAAAUUGCACGUAAAAGAGAUCUAUACUAUCUAUGAUCAGAAAACACGAGAAACUAAGCUGGAUUGCGCAUGCAAGGUAUAAGUUCAUAAUUUUCUGCGCAUCUGCCGAUUCCUACAUGAACCCAAACAUAUAAUUCUGCAACAUUGUUGAAAUAACUGCCAUUCCAUGCAAAAUUCUAUAUUAUAUAUUUUAUAAACGCACGCGCAAUGUAGCUGCUACCGUUUUAUCACAGUAAUGUUCUCGAACUCUUAACUCAUUGAAAGGAAAUAAUGGAAACAAAGCACAUGGAAAAAGAUCUGAAGCAAGCCUUCUACGCGCAGUCGUUCCUGAAGAUAGUCGGUGUUUGGCCAAUUCCUAUCGGAUCCCCUUUGAGCUCGAAGAUACGAAAUUGGUUCAUAACUUUCUUCUCCCUUCUCUUGCAAAUAUGUAUCGUGGCUCCAUGCGUUUUGGUCGUGCUCCUAAAAGAGAAGAACGGAAAGAGAAAGAUAAAUCUGUUCAAAUUGCUCACCAACACUCUGAAUCAAUUGUUCAAAUACGUGAUCACGUUGAACAGAGCGAACGAGUUAGCGAUAGCCAUGAACGAGAUAAAAAACGAUUGGUUGACCGCCACAUCGGAGGAUCGGUGGAUUUUCGCCACGAAUUCGAAGAUCGGUCAAAGAGUGAUGUUGAUAGUGGCAGUCACCGUGUAUAGCAGCGGUCUCGGUUAUCGAAUGCUUCUUCCACUUUUGAAGGGAAAAAUUGUCCUGCCGAAUAACGUUACCAUAAGACUGCUCCCCUGUCCAACUUACUUUACCUUUUUUAACGAAUUAGUUAGCCCAUACUACGAGAUGAUCUUCAUGCUGCAACUAUUGGCUGGAUUUUUCAGUUAUACCGUCCUCAAUGGCACCGUUGGCAUUUCCUUGAUGCUAUCUCUCCAUAUGUGUAGUUUAUUGAAGAUUUUAACGAGGAAAAUGGCCGAUCUCACGGAUGGAUCGAUUACCAGCGAGAAUAUUAUGCAGGAGAAGAUUGUGGAUAUCGUGGAAUAUCAAACGAAGAUCAAAAGAUUUUUGGGUAACGCAGAACUGAUCACCGAGUAUUUUUGUUUUUACGAUAUUGGCUGUAACAUGUGCCUUAUGUGUUUCAUAGGAUACAGUGCUAUUCUGGAAUGGGAAAACCAUAAUAUCGCCGCUAUAGUGGUCCACUUUAUGCUGUUAGGGACAUGCAUUUUUAUUAUAUAUAUAGUUUGUUACAUCGGUCAACUUCUUCUCGACGAAAGCAAUAACUUAGCACAAACGUGCAUCACGUUAAGCUGGUACCGUUUUCCGACAAGGAAGGCCCGAUGUUUGAUAUUGAUGAUUAUUAUGUCCAAUUACCCUGUAAAACUAACGGCGGCUAAAGUGGUGGACGUAUCUUUAACCACCUUCACCGAUGUCAUGAAGGCGGCAAUGGGUUAUUUAAAUAUGUUACGAGAAGUUAUUUAAUAUUAUCACUUAAACUUAUGAAAUGAAAUA